AUGUGGCGACUAGUCAAACUGUAUUCAAUAUGUUUCGCAUUCUGUCUCAGUGUCCUUUUGAUCCUAACCCGAACCCAAGGUAACACAAAUUACUUGACAUCUGAACUCCUUAAGAACGCCAGGUACUUUGUAGACUUAAAUAAUAGAUGGGACGCCGAAUCGCAUCCAAUACCAACGAAUCCUCAAGAAGAUCAGACACCGAACAUCGAGGAAAUAUUAGAAAGAACCCGAGCGAAAAUUAAAUUUGAACUACGAGACUACAACUUCACUUAUUCCGGAGUUCAGAGAUUGGAGGACUUAGUGAUGGAAACCGGCGGUCGUCCCUUGAGGAGUAUCAUCAUAUCCUCUUGGAGAUCGGGCACCACGUUCCUCGGCGAGGUCCUUAACGCUAUACCUGGGAACUACUAUCAUUUUCAGCCCUUACUGAAAUAUGGAUACGUUCAACUCAAACGGUAUUCGCAAAUAAAAACAGCUUUAAGCUCCAUAAAAAGUUUGCUCAACUGUAACUUUCAAGGUAUGGACGGCUACUUUGAUUACGGAAGACAACACGAUUUUCAGUUUAGCCACAACACCAGAUUAUGGGAUCAUUGUAAAAACAACAUUGACCUGUGUUCAGAUUCUGAUUUCAUGUCGAAAUAUUGCAAAUUAUUCCCGUUUCAAAGUAUGAAAAUCCUUCGCCUCAGGUUGCGUUUUGUUAAACAAAUAUUGAAUGAUACGAAACUGGACGUGAAGGUGGUGUUCCUGACCCGUGAUCCUCGUGGAGUGAUGCAGUCGAGGCUGCACCGUGGAUUCUGUCGCGCCGCUCCGGAUUGCUCGAAUGCUGAGACCCUUUGCAUGGGCAUGACAAGCGAUUAUAUGGCUGCAGGUCGCUUGCUGAAACGUUAUCCUAAUAGACUUCUUCUACUACGCUUCGAAGAGCUAGCCCUAAGCCUGAAUAGUACAACUCAAAAACUGGUGAAGUUCUUAAGGCUCGAACACACACGAGCGCUUGAUGAGUACCUCAACUCCCAUACUAACACCGAAGUGAGUGGAGUGACCUCUACAUUCAGAAUAUCCCGCGACGUUCCUUUUCGCUGGAAGGAUACUUUAAAUUUUGAAUAUGCUGAGAGAAUCCAAGCUACUUGUAAAAGUGCCAUGAAAUUAUGGGGGUAUCGUAUAGCUCACAAUGCCAGCCGUAUGGUCAGUGAGGACUUUGAUCCCCUAGAGCCGUACAAGUUACCUCAUUAA